UCAAAUUCGAAUCAAAAAAGGGGGCAAUGAGUGCGAGUGCGGAUCGCCACGCGUAGUCCACGAUCCGCAGUCGAUGCGCUCGGUGGUGUUCCAGUGCCAGUGCCAGGUCCCGCUUCCGCUUCCCCAAAUAGCUUAGCUAUAGCUAACCCACAUCCGCCGCCGACCGCUCGAAGUCCACCGAUUUGAAUACCCAUCAACCUUUUGGUGACCCGCGUCGGCUGUCGUCAUGGAGGUAUUUCUGCGUCUAAUGGCCUUUAUUCUAAAUGCCUUUGGCAUAUUGGUGACCAAAAUUCUGGACCUUACGAUGGGCCCUCGAAAGCCCAAGUAUCCAGGCAUCCGUAAUCCUCUGCUGAACAAAUCGGUGGUCGAACUGGUUACCCAAUUGCGACGCAACGAGAUAACAUCGGUGGAGCUGGUUAGUGCCUAUAUUGAAAGGAUACGCGAGGUUAAUCCCUCCCUGAAUGCAGUUGUCGAGGAUCGGUAUGAGGCUGCACUGCAGGAUGCCAAAUUAGCGGACGAGCUUAUCGCUAAGGCAAAGUCUGAUUUCGACAGAGUGGCUCUUUAUACCAAGUAUCCUAUUCUGGGUGUUCCCUUCACAGCCAAGGAAUCGUGCGGCGUUAAAGGAAUGUCCUAUGCGGUGGGCAGUCUGGCUCGGAAGACCAUGAAAUCGCCCAAGGAUGGCGACGUGGUGGAACUUGUCCGUGCCGCCGGUGGCAUUCCCCUUUUAGUUUCUGCCAAUCCUGAGUUUUGCAUGAGCUUCGAGACGAGCAACAAUAUCUACGGUAGAACUCUGAAUCCGUACGACUUGCGACGCACUUCUGCGGGUUCAUCGGGCGGUGAGGGUUCGUUGAAUGGUGCGGGCGCCUCCACUUUUGGAGUAUGCUCUGACAUCAGCGGCUCCAUCCGGUUGCCGGCCAUGUUCUGCGGAGUAUUCGGACACAAGCCCACUGGUGGAUUGACCUCGGUUAAGGGCCACUUCCCGUACUCCUUAACAGACCCGAAGUUCGCCAAGAUGUUGCAGGUGGGUCCGAUCACGAGGUUCGCCCGGGACUUGCCCCUGCUGCUGGAGAUCAUGGCGGGGGAUAAUAAGCACAAACUGAACAUGACGGAACCAGUGACCCUCAAGGAAAUGAAGGUCUACUACGCCUACGGCUACUCGGGCUUCAACUGUCUCACCCAUCCAGUGGUGGACUCCGAGAUUCAAUGGGCCAUCACGAGAGCCGUCCAGUGCCUUGAAAAAGGUGGUGUUCAAUCCAAAAAGUUGGAUCUCAAAUUCUUUAGCAAUUCUCUGGAGAUUGGUUUGGUGGGACUAGUGGAUCUAAAGGGUUUACCCAGCAUUGUGACCCAGCGGGCGGAUCGCGAUCCCUCCAUGCGCCUUCUGCUGAUAGAGCUCUUCAACAGUAUCAUCGGGCACUCGAUUUUCACUAAGGAGGCCAUGUUCCUUGAGGUGAUGAAGCGAUUCAAUGGUCUAAUGGCCUCUGGAAACAUGGGGCAGUAUCGGGAGGAAGUACAAAAGAUCAAGACCCACUUGAAUCAACUCCUGGGCAACCGUGGAGUCCUGAUCGUGCCCACCUUCCACACGAGCGCCCUCUGCUUCCACACAUCGCUGGUGAAUGUGACGGGGAUCGACCAUAUGCUGCUCUUCAACAUCCUAGGCCUGCCCGCCACCCAUGUACCCAUGGGUCUUAAUCAGCGGGGACUACCAAUUGGACUGCAGGUGGUGGCCGGCCAGUAUCAGGACAAGCUCUGCCUGAAGGUCGCCGCAGAGCUAGAGGCCGUAUUCCACGGCUGGGUGCCGCCAGUGCCACAUGAAGUAAAGACCAAGUAAAAAUUAUCAGGAUCAUCCUAAUUCAGGUUAAAGGUAGAAUUAAUUGGAAAUUAGUAGUUCAUUUAUACAAAGUUGAAGUUACAAUCGCAUAUCAAAUAAAAAUUGUGUGUAUUUAUA